UUGCCAUAAUCUUUCCACUGUCUUACAGGACUACCAGCCAGACUUCCAGAAAUCAUGUUGGUAGGAUCCCAGUCCUUCUCUCCCGGAGGGCCCAAUGGGAUCAUUAGAAGCCAGUCCUUCGCGGGGUUCAGCGGUCUUCAGGAGAGGCGAUCCAGAUGUAACUCCUUCAUUGAAAAUCCCUCCACUCUCAAGAAGCCUCAGGCCAAACUGAAGAAAAUGCAUAAUUUAGGACACAAAAAUAACAGCCAUCCCAAAGAGCCUCAGCCUACAAGGGUGGAAGAGGUCUACAGGGCCUUGAAAAAUGGACUUGAUGAAUAUCUGGAGGUUCACCAGACAGAGUUGGACAAGUUGACAGCUCAGUUAAAAGAUAUGAAAAGAAACUCUCGCCUGGGUGUGCUGUAUGACCUAGACAAGCAAAUUAAAACGACUGAAAGAUACAUGAGGCGCCUGGAGUUUCACAUUAGUAAGGUAGAUGAACUCUAUGAAGCUUAUUGUAUCCAAAGACGCCUCCAAGAUGGUGCCAGCAAAAUGAAGCAAGCCUUUGCAACUUCCCCUGCCAGCAAAGCUGCCCGGGAGAGUCUGGUCGAGAUCAAUCGGAGCUAUAAAGAGUACACAGAGAAUAUGUGCACCAUUGAAGCGGAGCUGGAGAAUCUGCUGGGGGAAUUCUCCAUCAAGAUGAAAGGUCUGGCUGGCUUCGCUCGCCUCUGUCCUGGAGAUCAAUAUGAAAUUUUUAUGAAGUAUGGCCGACAGAGGUGGAAACUGAAAGGUAAAAUAGAAGUCAACGGCAAACAGAGCUGGGAUGGAGAGGAAGUGGUGUUCCUGCCCCUGAUCGUUGGAUUCAUUUCCAUCAAGGUCACCGAGCUCAAAGGACUAGCAACUCACCUCCUGGUCGGCAGCGUGACCUGCGAGACCAAAGAUCUGUUUGCAGCCCGACCUCAGGUGGUGGCUGUUGACAUCAAUGACCUUGGCACCAUCAAACUGAACCUGGAAAUCACCUGGUAUCCAUUUGACGUGGAGGAUGUGACCCCAUCCUCAGGCGCUGGGAACAAGACGGCAGCCCUCCAGAGGAGAAUGUCCAUGUACAGCCAGGGCACCCCGGAAACACCCCCCUUCAAGGAUCACUCCUUCUUCUCUAAUCUACCUGAUGACAUCUUUGACAAUGGAAAGGCGGCUGAGGAGAAAACGCCACUGUCUCUCAGCUUCAACGACCUGCCCAAUGGAGACUGUGCCCACACCCCCAACCCAGCUGGCUCUCUCUCCAACGGGUGCUCAGCAAAUCCAGAAAUUACCGUCACCCCUGCCGAGCUGAACUACAGCAGCCUGUCCUCCCAGAAUGAGGGCAUGAACAACACCAGCUCAGCGUCCUCCAGAAACUCCUUGGGAGAAGGUCGAGAGCCAAAGCCACGCCUGGAGGAAGAUGCAGAGGGGCCCAAAAAACCCGAGGCCUGCCGAGUAUCUGCAGGUGCAGAGCGCCUGUUCCUUGAGAAGGAUGUCACAGAGGCACUUCUGCAAGAGUCUGAUGAAGGCUCUGAACUCAAGCCUGUGGAACUGGACACUUUCGAAGGAAACAUCACGAAGCAACUGGUCAAGAGGCUCACCUCAGCAGAGGUGCCGGUGGCCACAGAGAGGCCCUUUGAGGGCUCUGUCAGUGGAGAAUCCGAAGGCUGUAGAUCCUUUCUAGAUGGAAGCUUAGAGGAUGCCUUUAAUGGGCUUUUCCUUGCAUUAGAACCACAUAAAGAGCAGUAUAAAGAGUUUCAGGAUCUGAACCAAGAAGUCAUGCAUUUGGAUGAUAUUCUAAAAUGCAAGCCAGCAGUAAGCCGCAGCAGGUCUUCCAGUUUAAGUCUUACAGUUGAAAGUGCUUUAGAAAGCUUUGAUUUCCUGAACACCUCCGAUUUUGACGAGGAGGAGGAGGAUUGUGAUGAGGUUUGUAACGUUGGAGGAGUUCCUGACUCAGUCUUUUCAGACACUGAGACUGAGAAAAAUAGUUACAGAUCAGUACACCCGGAAGCCAGGGGGCAUCUUAGUGAAGCUCUGACUGAAGAUACAGGAGUUGGGACUAGUGUGGCCGGAAGCCCCCUCCCACUGACCACAGGAAAUGAAAGCCUGGACAUCACCAUUGUUAGGCACCUACAGUACUGCACCCAACUCGUUCAGCAAAUUGUUUUCUCAAGCAAAACCCCAUUUGUGGCCAGAAAUCUCUUAGAGAAGCUUUCUAGGCAAAUCCAGGUGAUGGAGAAACUCUCAGCUGUCAGUGAUGAGAACAUAGGAAACAUCAGUUCUGUCAUCGAAGCCAUACCAGAAUUUCACAAAAAGCUGUCUUUGCUGUCAUUCUGGACCAAGUGCUGCAGUCCAGUUGGUGUCUACCACAGCUCAGCUGACAGAGUGAUUAAGCAGCUAGAAGCCAGCUUUGCCAGAACCGUCAACAGAGAAUAUCCAGGACUUGCAGACCCAGUGUUUCGAACCCUGGUGUCCCAAAUCCUGGACCGGGCUGAGCCUCUGCCCUCCCCCAGCCUCUCCUCAGAAGUCAUCACUGUUUUCCAGUAUUACAGCUACUUGACCAGCCACGGUGUUAGCGACCUAGAGAGUUACUUGAACCAGCUGGCCAAGCAAGUUUCCGUGAGUCAGACUCUACAAUCACUAAGAGAUGAAAAACUGCUACAGGCCAUGAGUGACCUUGCGCCGGUCAGCCUCCCCGCCCAGCAGGAAGUUCUCAGGACGCUGGCUCUGCUGUUAACUGGGGACAACAGUGGAGUCCGGGAGGCUGUGAUGCUUUACUUGACAGCAGCCUCCAGAAACGAGCAUUUCAGGGAAAAGGCCUUGCUCUAUUACUGUGAAGCACUAACAAAGACAGACCCUCAGCUCCAGAAGGCAGCUUGCCUGGCCCUGAAAAGCCUGGAGGCUACUGAAAGCAUUAAAAUGCUGGUGACACUGUGUCAGUCUGACACUGAAGAAAUCAGAAAUGUGGCCUCAGAAACCCUCUUGUCUCUUGGAGAAGACGGGCGGCUUGCCUAUGAACAGUUGGACAGAUUUCCUCGAGACUGUGUUAAAGUCGGAGGUCGUCAUGGAACUGAAGUUGCCACCACCUUUUAAUUACAAGUUAACUCUGCCUAACAGCUGUCUUAAUAAA